GAGCGUGCGGCUCGUCUGGCAACAUGCGGCUGUCUCUUCUAGUAGUCGAAAUCGCCUGUCUGCAUUCGAUGAAGAGUUCGUAGAGAGCACGUAGUGAUUUGUUGACAGAUUGACUAUCACCCAUUGACAGUUGCGACUAUCAAUUUUCUCCGAAUUUCACGUACAAUGAUGCGAUCGAUUCGGUCGUGCUUCAUCGAAUUAGUGCAAGUUGGUGCGUAAAGCGUCUCAUGUUGAAAGCUCUGGACGAUUAAAGAAAUUGAUAAUUUAUCAAAAAUAUAUUUAUAUUCUUUAAUUGUGCGACUGUGCUGAUUUUGAAUUAAUUUUCGUCAUAAAAUAUGAGGAUUUACGUUGUAUAUCAUUAUUCGAGGAGUGAAUAGUCUUGUCGAUGAUCGGAGAAUGUUAUGUGUUAAAUUAUGUAGGUGUAAUUAUGACAGACAGACGAUAAGGCGAUUCUGUUGCAUGGAGAGUCGGGAAGAUUGGAAACUUGGUUAUCCGAGACUUACAAGAGAACGAAGCGGGAGUUAGAAAGUGGUUUGGAUCAUCGUGUACAUAUUACUCGGUCACGAUGUACCUGUCUCAUUUUGUACGAAGGAUGACCUGCAAGCAGGAGUUAACUUGCUUGCGAUUUCUGCGUUGGACUGUCCUAGUGCCGCUCGUAAUCUACAUCUCACUCCUAUUUGUCAAGUACAAUAAAAGCGUGCCUCUGAAAAGUCUAUCGCGCGACAAGGACAGAGAUGGUUCCGUGAUGGACAGCUUGUUCCUCGAACUGCAAACCGUGACAGUUGACAAAAAGAAUUUGGCAGAAUACAAGAACAUAGAAAUCGAUCGUGGGGAUGACGAGGGGGGCAUACAAGCGAUUGCGGAGGCGGAAAAUCGCAAGAAUCCGAGAAAUCUCCUAGAAGACAUCUUUCGCAAAGCUGAUACUGACGAGAACCAAUUGCUGGAUAUACAGGAAUUGGCGAAGUGGAUUCACGCAAAAAUCACCGAGCACAUCACGCGCGCUAUGCGAGAGAAUGUUGGAUUGUUCACUGCUAUCGACACUAAUCUUAGAGAUGGUGAAGUCUCGUGGGAAGAAUAUCACGCUUAUUUUCUAAGAACUCAUGGUUUCUCUGAGACCUAUAUAAAUUCCCAUGACAAAAAACACAGCGAAUUAUCGCGAACAUUGAAGGAGAGCAUAAUGAGGGAUAGAGCUCGAUGGGCUGAAGCUGCUAGAAACGAUCCCGACAGAUUGGGUCUGGACGAAUUUCUGGCUUUCACGCACCCCGAGAGCAGUCACAGGGCUCUUCUUCAAAUGGUGGAGGAUCUCUUUGAAAAAUUCGAUCGAGACGGUGAUGAACAGUUAACGGAGGACGAGUUCUCGGAUUUGCCAGCGGAAGGAGUCGGCCUAGAUUUACGCGAGGAACGACAGCAAUCGAUAGGAGGAAGCGAAGACAGGCGUAAAGAGUUUCGACAUCUGAUUGACAAGAAUAAAAACGGGAAAGCCGAUCGAACCGAGCUUUUGAUGUACAUCGAUCCACGAAAUCCCAGACAUGCUAUUCAAGAGGCCCAACACUUAAUUACCUUAUCGGAUAUGAAUUUAGACGGCAAGCUAGAUCUUCCGGAGAUCCUGAGCAAAAUGGACUUAUUUCUCGAUAGCAAGAUGGUAGACACAGAGAAAAGUUUCCACGACGAAUUUCGACGAUAGUUUCCGUAUGAGAAGGAAUAUAUAGUUAUAAAAUUGGAAAAGAACAUUUAUAUAUUGUAUUCUCAUUCUCUCAAAAGAAGAUUUCUGAUAAGUGAACAAAUAAUUCUUUGUAACAUCAGGUAGACGCUACUAAAAACUUUGAUAUAGAUAUUUUUAAAUAUCUUAGAAGAAGAUUUUUUCGAUAUUCAUAUACUGAAUAGACAAUAUGAUUUUUCGAUCCAUGAUCAGCAAUGGAUUAGACCAAUACAAUUAUCGAUACAUGCAGGGUAUUUACUAGCAAUUUCUAUGGACUCUUUUUUUAUAAACGCUAAUCGAUUUAUUGCGCAAACGAAAAUUAUAGGCUUUUAGAACGCAUCUGUGAUAGUCUUACGACGUAGAAAACUUUUUAAUAGGCACAAUUGUUAUAAUUAUUAGUACUUCUAUUAUAGUAAUAGAUUUUAAUACAUUAAUUCACGAUAGCUAUGAUAUAACACAAUCAGAUCGUUUACAGGGUUAAAAUUAUAUAUAUCGAUAAUUAUACUUGCCAAUUGGUCGGUUGUGAAACGGAUGAGGGGUUGCAAAUCCGUCCUUUCGUAGAUUUCUUAGUUUUCUUGUAUGUAAUUUCCUCCUGAAUUAUUUAGGAGAGAUUAUUAGAGAUUUGCAGAAAAAGAAUUCUCUCUUUCAAUGUAUUAAUCUAAAAAAGUCGCACAAAAAAUAUUAUAUUAAUAUUAUGAUAAUAUAUAUUACUGUGCGGUGUUAAUAUAACUAUUAUAACUAAUUUGUGAUAUUAAUUGAAAUAAUUUAUAUAUACAUAUACACAUAUACAUAUGUAUAUGUAUGUUUUAAACCGCGUAUGUUUUUUUUUUCACCAAUGAAGCGGCAUUUGUAUUCAAUAAAUUGUGCGGUGUGCAAAGAAUAAAAACAGUCAUUCGUUCUUGCUCCGUUGGUGAAAACGCGGUUUUAUAUGUGUCAUAACAAUAAUAUAAUAUUGCAAUAUUAAUAUAAUAUUUUAUAUAAGGUUUUUUGUGAAGGCAAAAAGAAGCUGCAAUUAGUUGACAAAAUAAAAAAAUAAAAAAUACCUUGGUAGUGUAUUAAAAAUAUUUCAAUUAAAAAAUGAAAUAAAUAACAUGCUCGCUCGACAAAGGCCUUUGGAGAAAAUAAAAUUUGUUGCUCACCUGAAAUGUAUGAAUCUCUGAAUAAUGGCUUAAUAGCAUUUUAAAAUAAAAUUUUAUUGCCUACAUUUUUUCAAGAACACAGAGAUCAAUGUUUCUUUAUAAAAAAUUUUUUAUGCUAGCGCAUUUUUCUAUAUAAUAAUCUGACACAAUAAAAUCUGUUUAGAAACCAAUCUCUCGUAUCGUCCUCUUUUAUUUGCAUUUCGAUAGUUGGAAUAUAAUGCACUUGUUAAUGUAUCUCUUAAAAAUAUUUUCCGUCGUACAUUUUGAUACCGAUACAUUUUAUAACUUUUAUAAAAAGAUUUAUGAAAAAAUACUAUAAAAAAUUAUAAAACUUAUACAUUAUAAAAA